CUAUUCCAUUACAUUACUUGCUGUGCCGUGCGCGAGUGAGAGCGAACUAAACUACACAGGAUCUCUAUUUUACUGUUUUCUUUUUCCUAAGAUAUAUCAUGGCUGGUGAAUCUUACAAUGAAAAUAGUGAUGUUUCGGCGAUAUUUUUCGACCUAGAUAACACUUUAAUUCAGACGAGGAAGUGUGAUAGCAGAGCUUGCAAUAAGCUUGUAGAGGUCCUGGAACAACAGUACGGGCUGCCGCGCGAAGCUGCCUCUGAGAGCGCCACCAAGUUUCUGAGGGCCUUCCGCGCGCGCCCUGAUGACGACUCAUUCGCGAUAGACGAGUGGCCAGCACAUCUAUGGAGAAACUGCUUGCCGAAGAACUAUAGACACAUCGCCAAAAAUAUAUCUGAAGAAUGGCUAAAACUAAGAUUUCAAUAUUUGUCUCUAACACCUGACGUUAUCCAUCUAUUAGAGACUUUGAGGGAGGAUUACCUACUGGGUCUGAUCACGAACGGGCCUUCGCGCGCCCAGUGGCAGAAGAUCCAGCGGCUGGGUCUGCGCAAGUACUUCGACUGCGUGCUGGUGUCCGGGGACCUGCCGUGGGAGAAGCCUGAUCAGCACAUCUUCCUGGAGGCCUGCAAGCUGCUCAACGUCGAGCCGAGACAUUGCAUCAUGGUUGGAGACAAACUUGAGACCGACAUUAAGGGUGGAAAGGAGGCAGAGCUUGGCGGCACCGUGUGGAUCCCCCUCCAAAAAGACGAAGAGUCUUCCGACCUACCCGACUUCACCAUUGACAAGGUGACGGAGCUCCCUGAGGUCCUUCCCAACUCCCCCAAACUUAGGCGCGUCGCCGCGCCUGACGCAAUCUGUUGACGACCUUGACUAUAAUACUUAUGACUAUAACUUGCUAAGCGGUCAAUAUGACCACUACUGACUCACUGAACUUCAGUGGAAUCUGCCAAUUUAAAUCCUCGACACCCAUUCCUAAAUUAACUCUGGUGAGGCUACUGACAUGUGACUAUAACAUUAUUUUAUAUCCUAUCUAAUAAGAAAAUUAUGCACGGAAUCGCCCUAUAGGUACUAGUAGUAGUCAAGAAGAGAUCUCAAUCGGCCGCUUUCUGGUCAAAAUUGUGAUCAAUCGAUCACACAUUCACGAUUGAUUUAAGUACAAAAGUAGCUUUGGGGCUAUUCAUAAAUU